AUGGCAUCAUUUCAUUGUAUUUUAUCUGUUCUAUUUAUUAUAACUUUGGUUACCAUAGAAACUCAGGCCAGGAGAAAAAAACAUGAAGCCCCCAAAUGGAAAUCUACAUCUAUGCCUAAUUUACAAGAGAAAAUGGUGACUGCUGUGGAAGGAGAGAAGCUGAUGUUAGAUUGUUCAGCAAAGGGAAAACCCCGACCUAAAGCUAAAUGGUAUAUAAAUGGUGAAGAAAUAUCAGCUGAUGUACAUACUGAUAUAAAGCUUAAGAAACAUAUAUUAACAAUUGAGAAAUUAAAUCCAGAAGAUGGUGGAAACUAUACUUGUGUUAUUCAUAAUAAACUUGAUAGACUUGACUGGAGUUUUGAUGUUAAAGUUAUACGCAAAAUUUGGCCUCUCGAGAUUGAAGCUCCACCAAAUAUAACAGCCAAUGUUGGAGAUACAGUUACUUUUACCUGCCGUGUUAAAAAUGAUCCUAACGCUACCAUUAGAUGGUUAAAACGUCACGAAUCUCCAACCGAGGAUAUCAAUUCCUAUGAAAAAACUGAGUUCAUCGAUAGUGGACCUAACCCAGAAUAUUUGAUUAUUUCUGACAUCACAGAGAAAGAUAAUGGGGAAUACAGAUGUUUAGCAGGAAAUAAAUGGGGUGUCACAUAUAAAAUAGGGUAUUUAAAGGUUCUUCGACCAACUACCACACCCAUGCCAACUACUACCACUACCACAGUUGCCACGACAACCACCACAUUACCUCCAACAACAACCACCACUACAACUACCAUGGCAACCACAGAAUUCCAAACAUUCUUUCCACCCUUCAAACGUCAAAGACCAGACAAAAAAAAUGACAUGGACAAUGUUACUUUCUUUCCUCCUGACAGCAAGAAAAAUGGACGAAAAAAGAAGAAAAACAAGAAUAAAAAGAGAAAAAAUAAGAAUCGUAAAAAUCAAACAACAACCGUAUCUCCAUUUGUUUAUAUGGAAAAGACCACAAUGAUGUAUCCCAUGUUUCCUGAUCAACCGAAAUACGAUGGUGAAUUCGAACGAGAGCGCCAAGACGUGUAUGAAAUAGAACCACGCAAAUCUACAGUAAAUUAUGACUUUGUACCAGAAAAUGGCGAAGAGGAUUUUGAUGUAAGUCAAGUUGAUAAUCAGCAGCGUGAUGGAGAAUCCAGUUCUAGUGAUACCAUUAGUUUAUGGACUAUAUACACUAUCGUAGGAUCUAUAGCUGGAGUUAUAUUAUUGUUAGGGCUAGUGGCUAUCACUGUAGCAUUAUGUUGUCGUCGAGAAGGUACUGGAGUGUAUAAAUCAACCCCUGUGUAA